AUGCAGGCACCAUUGCUCGAUGCUGGAGGCUCAGAAGACCCUGGCAUUCAUGCGGUUCUUACCGUUGGCCCCCGCCGCGUUGAUGUCGCGAAUGCACUCUACAACAUGAUUUGUUUCACAGUCGGGGCAGGCAUGCUGGGACUGCCGCACGCGCUGCUCUUUGCGAGAGAGCUUUUCAUCGUGCCCGUGGUGCUGGGCGGGUUCUUGUGCUACUACACGGCUGAAGUGCUGCAUCGUGUCCAGGUUCACCAUGGAGCAUGCAGUUAUGAAGCGAUCGGGGCGAUGUGUGGGCCGGCAUGGUUGCCGUUGUUCAUCCGUGUAACCCUGGCUGCAAACCAGCUUGGCAUCGCUAUUCUUUACAUCAUUACGAUCUGCAAAAACUUGGAGCUGUUGUGGGGAGCCGAUCCUCAUGCAGAACCAAGAUGGCAGUUCUUUGCCGUUGUUGCGGCGAUUACCUUCUUGCCUCUGAGCUGUGGCGGACGCAUGUCUGGCCUGGUCUCUUUCAUGUCACUUGUCGGCGUGGUCUCAGUUCUUGCAGUUGGACUGCUGGUGGUGUGGGCAGCGCAACCGCGAGAGACGGAUGCGGGGUGCGUAUGUGCAUCCGUUUCAAUGCCUCAGAUGCUUUCAGGAAUGGGUACAGCAAUUUUUGCAUAUGGUGGCCAUCCUGUGUAUCCAAGUGUACAAGGAAGCAUGCAUGUUCAAGGCGAUUUCGAUUUGGUGCUGAAGGGAGCAUUUUUCUUGAUGAUUCUCCUUUUCGUCCUGGUGCUUCACAGUUCAUGGCGUGCUUUCGGCUGCUCCGUGCAUGGAUACGUGCUCGACGACUUGGAUGACAAUAUUUGGCGCAGUGCGGCUGUGAUAGGGAUCACUUUGCACCUAGUAGCUGCCCUACCUGUGGUCUUGAUACCCGCACUGCACGCGAUGGAAUCUGCUGAAGAAUGCUGCGCCUUGCGCUUCGCGGUGGUGACCCUAGUCACCAUGCUGGCAUUCAUGCUGCCCUUCUUCACCGAUUUUGUGGCACUGAUUGGCGGCUUGACUGAGAAUGCACUGGUCUUCUUGCUUCCCCUUGUGUUCCACCACUGCACUUUCAGCCAUUCCGGAGUUCGGACCGCAGCUUUUCACAUUUCCAUCGCGCUGUUGGCACUGGCAAUACUCUGGCUUGGCACAGUGGCUUCUCUAGAUGAUAUCUCGCACAGACUGGCUGGAUACCAUGUCCGAUGGUCCUUGUGA